UUUUGAAGGACAAACUUGAUAUGCCGAGAUAUUACGCACGUGAAUGUCUCCCAACACGCACACGGAUGUGUUCAUUCAGCCAGAGGUGACAUUUAUUUGCUCCGAACGCCAACAUCACCAAAUGUGACACUUCAGCAGCGCGCUUGUUUUUCACGUCGGCGGGGGUGAUGUCACUCACCGCCAGAUUGCAGCCUGGGGGUGGGGGUGGGAGGGAUGUCGGGGUGUGCGUAUAACCAAUCGGAAUUCCUCAGCUGGAUGCAGUGAAGCCCCUCCCCCCUCCCGCUCCCUGGCUGCAGCGAGCUCCAGCAGCCUUGCCAACAAAAAAAAAAAAAAAAAAGCCCGCCAGCGCACACUUGUCUCUUCUCCACAUUUUCCGGCGUGAGCGCGUCGGAAAAGGCAGCAGGGAGGCGGCACCGGGACCAUGUCCUCGCCCCCGCAGCUGCCCUUGUCCCGCAGACAGUCGUGUUACCUGUGCGACCUGCCCCGCAUGUCCUGGGCUGUGAUCUGGGACUUCAGCGAACCCGUGUGCCGAGGUUGCGUCAACUACGAGGGCGCAGACCGGGUGGAGUUUGUCAUCGAAACGGCCCGCCAUCUGAGGCAAGCUCAUGGUUUCCAGGAACCCGCUGCGGCCAAAAGUGGGAAGGAGCUUCUCAACCAGAAUCCAGCAGACGGACCCGGCAAGUCUCAGCAGCACUCUGUGGACCAGUACUCGCUCUGUGCGGACACCCGGGCCAGGCUGCCUAACGGGCUCCCAGGACCGAAUGGCUUCAAGGUAGAUGACGGACCUCCCGAGCUGAACCGACAAAGCCCAAAUUCAAGGAGCAGGACCCACAUAAGUCUGGUGUGUGCACCCAGCCUGCAGCCUCAGACGUUGAAUGGACCGGGCCCGCACGGCCCGGUGAGCAGAACCGUCCCGCCAGGCUCGGUGCUCGGCCAGCUGGGUCAAAGCGAGCCAGCCGUGAAGCAGGAGCGCGAGCUGAAGGAAAAGCAGCGGAAUGCCGAGGUUCUUAGCGAGCUGAGAGAGAGCCUUCGGAACCGACAGGAGGACUGGGCAAGCAAGCCCAUGGUGGUCCGGGACACCCUGGUCACUCUGUCUGGCUGCACACCCUUUGAGGUCCGCUUCAAGAAGGACCACGGCUUGGUGGGACGCGUGUUCGCCUUUGACGCCGUGUCCAAAUCCGGUUUGGACUAUGAGCUCAAGAUCUUUGUCGAGUACCCGAGUGGGUCGGGGAAUGUGUUCUCUAGCGCCUCGGGGGUGGCCAAGCAGAUGUACCAAGACUGCAUGAAGGACCUGAGUCGGGGACUGUCCUCGGGUUUCAAGUACCUGGAGUACGAGAAGAAGCACGGUUCUGGCGACUGGCGCCUACUGGGUGAUUUGUUACCUGAACCUCUGCGGGUCUUCAAGGACUGUGUAGGGGGGGAUAUGCUGCCUCAGCCCCACAUCGACAGCAGCCACCCGUUGCUGCCCACCGCCCUGGUGCUGCCUCCCCGGGCCCAGAUCUCAAGUGGGUCCAGGGCCGUGUCCAGGAAGAGGAAGGCUUCCCCGGAACCGGACUUGGCUGAGAGUAGACCGAAACUGACGGAGGACCAGCGCAAGCAGUGGAUCAACAACCAGGGCGAAGCCCUCAAAGUGUCUUUCGGUCCAUCCUCAGGCCGCUCCAUCUCACCUGAGUCCAGUGUGCCCCCGCAGGGUGGGCACUCCCCAAUGGCCGUCUUCAUGUCUGCGGCCGACACGCUUGGACCGGCGCAGUCCCCCAACAAAGACAGAGACUCCGUCCACUGCAGCAGCAGCCCUUUGUCCCCAGCCAAUGUGGGCGCCCAGAAUAGCCUCCCGUCUCGCAACGGUGAGGCCAACGGCGGCGUGGAGCAGGUGCACGCUCAGAGCGCAGCCUCCAGCGGACCUCUGUGCUGCACGCUGUGUCACGAGCGGCUGGAGGACACACACUUUGUGCAGUGUCCGUCUGUGUCCAACCACAAGUUCUGCUUCCCGUGUUCCCGAGACAGCAUCAAAGCUCAGGGGGCCUCGGCGGAGGUGUACUGUCCCAGCGGGGAUAAGUGCCCCUUGGUGGGCUCCAACGUGCCCUGGGCCUUCAUGCAGGGGGAGAUUGCCACCAUCCUGGCAGGAGAUGUGAAGGUCAAGAAGGAGAGGGACCCCUAAAAAAAACAUUUUAUUCUGCCAAACCAAUGUUUCAUCUUAUUCGAAAAAAAUGAAUUAACAUUUAUUCACCUCAUGAUCGCCAUUUGGCGUGGGCGUGGCCUCGCUAGGUAGCUUUGUCUUGUAACAAUGGUGAGGAUGGCAGCUGUUAGCGUCACACAAACACUGCUAAUUUUUAUAUUUGUAGUUUUAGAACGUUGCAAUAAACCUUUUCUACAUGUUGACGUGUGUUCAUGUGGUGACAUCUUGUAACGUGCCUUGCAGCAUAGAA